AUGAAGCUGAGCGCGAGGAGCUUCAGCUGCGGCUCGACUGCUGAUGUCAGGAGCUUCAGUGCUGCAGUUGGGGCUGCAGGCAGGACUCGGUGGAGCUCAGGUCUUUCCUCUCCGGACUCCCACAUGCAAACCAGCCAGGAAAGAUGGUCUCCACGGUCAAACAGUGCGCUGUAAUGUCGGCGAUGUUGCUCUGGUUGAUGCCGUCCGUCCACUCGGGGAAAAAGGUCUUUAAAUGCCUUUCAUCAUGCAGCUGUUCCAAGGAGUCCAUCAUCUGCGUCGGGUCUUCGUAUGUCCCCCGGGUCACCCCCAACGAUGUCAGCUCGCUGAGCAUCGUGAACGGAACCUUCUCUGAGGUGAAGGAGGCGAUGUUCGCCCACAUGCCCUCCCUGCAGCUACUACUGCUUAACUCAAACGCACUUACUACAAUCAGGGAUGAUGCAUUUGCUGGCCUACCACAUCUGGAGUAUUUGUUCAUUGAAAACAACAAAAUUGAGACAACUUCAAAAUAUUCCUUCAGAGGGCUCAGAGACCUGACUCAUUUGUCUUUGGCGAACAACAACAUCAAAGCCUUGCCAAGAGAUCUCUUCAUUGAUCUGGAUUCACUAAUAGAGCUAGACCUGAGAGGUAAUGUGUUUGAGUGUGACUGUCGUGCUAAGUGGCUGAUGAUGUGGUUGAAGAACACCAAUGCCACUGUGUCAGAUGUCCUCUGUGCUGGCCCUGAGGAGAUGAAGGGCAAGCGGCUCAAUGACAUGGCAAGCCUCCACAACGAGUGCAUCUCCACAGAUUUCAUUCCACUUCACUCUGUGACCACUGAGUCUCUAUCUGUGGACACAUUCUCUCACAAGAAUGAUGUGUAUGUGGCCAUUGCUGCCCCUAACAUAGAGAGCUGCAUGGUGCUUCAAUGGGACCACAUUGAAAUGAACUUCAGGACUUAUGACAACAUUACAGGUCAGUCUAUUGUUGGCUGUAAGUCAGUGAUCAUCCAGAACCAGGUGUUUGUGAUUGUUGCUCAGCUUUUUGGUGGUUCUCACAUCUACAAGUUUGAUGAAGAUCAAAGCAAGUUCACCAAGUUUCAGGACAUUGAAGUGUCUAAGAUCUCCAAGCCCAAUGACAUUGAAGCCUUCCAGAUCGGUGAUGAUUGGUUCUUUGUUAUAGCCGAUAGCUCUAAGGCUGGUCUUUCAACCCUCUAUAAGUGGAAUGACAAGGGCUUCUAUUCCUACCAGUCCCUGCAUGAAUGGUACCGUGAUACCGAUGCAGAGUUUGUGGACUUGGAUGGCAAGGCUCACCUCAUCCUGGCCAGUCGAUCUCAAGUCCCAGUAAUUUACCAGUGGAGCAAGAGUGUACAGAAGUUUGUCUUACAAGGUGAAAUCCCCAAUAUGGAGGACGUAGUGGCUGUCAAGGCUUUCUGGAUUAAGGAGGAAAUUUACCUGGCUAUGACACGAUACAUUGGUGACUCUAAAGUUCUUCACUGGACUGCCAAGCAUUUCUCUGAGGUUCAGGCCCUUCCUUCAAGAGGUUCCAUGAUCCUUCAACCAUUCACCUUCAAAGAUCGGUAUUAUCUGGCUUUAGGUAGUGACUACACCUUCUCACAGAUCUACCUGUGGGAUGCGGAGAAGAAGACUUUUGAGCGUUUUAAGGAAGUGUACAUCCAAGCCCCACGCUCUUUUACCGUGGUCUCUACAGACCGCCGGGACUUCAUCUUCGCUUCCAGCUUCAAGGGUAGCACGCAGAUAUUUGAGCACAUCAUUAUCGAUCUGAGCCUGUGAGAUCCUACAUGGACACAGGGUCCAAAAGGCCAUCUGGAAGAAUUUCAGCAUCCAACAAUGUCUUCCAUUCAAAACCUUACUAUUUGCUUGGGGAGGGUAUAUGGGAAUGUUGGAUGUGGAGAAGGUUGGUUGGAAAUGACGUUCAAGAAGCUUUAUCAGGUAUGUAAUGUAAUUUCAUGGUAUGGUACAUAGUAGUUCAUGCGUUUGUAUAAAGCUCUACAUUUAUUUAGAAUGUUGCUUGCCAUUUGUCUGUUCAUGUUUUUAUUUAUUGAUUUACUGAUUGAUUUGUUUAUUUGGUACACCUUUAGCUGAGAUGUUCUUCAGCCCAUGAAAUGAGUACAUUCAUUGGGGACACAUAGUGCUAGGUGGAGCUAUACCCAAAUCACUCGCAUAUAUAAAACUAGCAAUAUCUUGAAGGACUUGGCAUUUAUGCAGCAAUCAUGCUGUGGCACCAUGCAUGAUAGAGUUGCAAAAAUAAAUAAAUAAACAAAUAAUUUAUUGCAGGCAUGCUGAAAAACUUCUGGUGUUAACUUGCAACGUUCAGGUGACUGAUGAAAUGCAGUCAAAUUCUAUACAAUUAAAUACCACCGUAUUUGUGAUAGUUCAUUACGUUUACAUAUCCUUACAAUAUUUUUACAAUUCUUUGCUGAAUGUAGGACCUGUUUGCUCUACAACUACAUACAGUACUGUCCAAAGUCAAAGGCCAUCCUUCUUUUACUUAGUUUCAGUCAAAACAGCCAAGUACAAUUAAUUAAUUUUUCAAUGUCAGGAGAAAAGACAGAAAACAUAUAUUCAACGUCUAAAACAUAUAUUUUUUCCAGUAUGGCGUAUGCCCACACUGUCUGUAUUACAUGCUUUCAGCUUUUCAAAGAUGUCUGCAGGGAUAUUUUCCCACACCUCCAAGUUCAGUCUCAGAGGCUGGUUGCAUUUUCUGAUGUUUAUGUUGAGGUCUGGGGGGGUUGUCAGUCUGUUGUUCUGAGAACACAAGCUUCUUUUGUUUGACUUGCAAAUUAUUCUCUUUUUGUCUAUUUACUUUUAUCAGUAAAGUCUCCUGAAAAACAACUAACAUGUACAUAAUGGCUAUUUUGACUGGAAAUAUAUUAAAUGAAGCAUGCUUUCUGACUUUUUCUCAGUACUGUAGUACAUACAAAACUCAAACUAGGUUUGUUGCAUCAUGCCUUUAGUUUACAUUGCCUUAUGAGUGUGUUGAGUUUUAGUGCAAAGAACAUUCUACCUUAAUACUGGAGCAUGAGCUAUUGCUGUGCUUUCAUUCUAAAGACCUGGACAGUUUAAUGCCUGUCUUUUAUUAUGUUUUGUUUGUUGAAAUUCUUCUGGAGACGUUUCUGGAUACUAUUUUACCUAAAUAUAGUAUCUAGAAGGUCACUGUUAAUUAAAAAAGAUUUCAAUAUCUCAUAGAUUUCUCAUAAACUUACUGUUUUUGCAGCAUGGUACACUAUGCAGAUGCAAUAACACUUCAGACCUACUUAUAGAAUCUGUGCCUAUAACCCCUUGAAAUGGUUUCAAGAGAAAGUGACUGCAGAUCCUUACAGCCAUCUUUGAAAUAUUGGGGAAAAAUAGUUUUUAAUCUACAUGUUUGGGGUGCAUCGUUUGAGCAGUGUUGUGUAAAUAUUCAUUGAAUGUACAAAAAUUUUCCAUUGUUCACACUCAUUCAAUUUUGUAUUUAGAUCUUUACGUAAACUCAUGAUCAUUGUAACUAUGCCUGACCUUGGACUGACCUUACUUCUAGUAGUGGUGAAUGGUAGAAAUCUUACAAUGCCAUUGUUACAACAUACAACAUUUAACCAUCCUCAUGACUGAGACUGUGAACCUCUGUUUUACUGAAAAAUGUACAUUGUUCACAGUCAGAUGCAGCUCCAAAUUGGUUAUAGCACCAUGUCUGUCCCAAAGAGGACAGCAUUAAUGAGUUCUUCCUAAAUAACUUACUGUAGAGAGGAAUUUAUUUAAUUGAAAUGCGGUCGCUACAGUGGAAAAACGUGGAAUUACUUUUUCAUAGUGACAUGCAGAAUAUGUGUCAAAAUAAUAAGCAAACACUUUAUUUAUGUUCAUAAUAAUAAUUACAUUCUUUUCUCGAUGUUUGACCUGUUUAUUAAAAAACAAUACACAAUGAUUUACUGAUUUCAUGUCAGAACUGAAUAUGGUCCACUUUGCUAUAUUGCUUUCAAAAUCACACAAAAAUCAUCAAUGGAAAUCAAAUUUAUUAACCAAUGGAGGCCUGGAUUUGGAGUCACACACAAAAUUAAAGUGGAAAAACACACUACAGGCUGAUCCAACUUUGAUGUAA